CUCUCUCUCUCUCAAUAACCAUAUAUAGCCACACACACAACGUCGACCAGGUCAACAACAUUUUACACAACUUUCAAAAUCCCCAAGCCACCAAACCACCACCAAAAAUGGCUUCGGAGUCAAGCAGCAGCAGCAGCAGCAGCAGCCCCAUAAAAACUGUGGUCGUUUUGGUGCAAGAAAACCGCUCCUUCGACCACAUGCUGGGGUGGAUGAAGUCCCUAAACCCAGAGAUUAACGGCGUUACCGGAUCCGAAUCCAACCUCAUUUCCACCUCCGACCCGAACUCCACCCAAGUCUUCUUCGGCGACAGCGCCGCCUACGUCGACCCAGACCCGGGCCACUCCAUCCAAGCCAUCUACGAGCAAGUGUUCGGCGAGCCGUGGACGGAGGCCUCCGCUUCCAAAACGCUACCUCCGAAAAUGAACGGUUUUGCCCAAAACGCUGAAAAGACACAGACUGGUCUUGCUGAGACGGUGAUGAAUGGUUUUAAGCCGGAAAACGUAGCAGUUUCAACGGAGCUGGUGAGGGAGUUUGCAGUAUGUGACCGGUGGUUCGCUUCGAUUCCUUCUUCGACGCAGCCGAACAGGCAGUUCGUGCACUCGGCGACGUCUCAUGGGCUGACGAGCAACGACACGCAGAAGCUGGUCGAAGGGUUGCCUCAGAAGACAAUAUUUCAGUCGUUGGAAGAAGAAGACUUAUCUUUUGGGAUUUACUUUCAGUCCUUUCCUUCCACCCUUCUCUACAGGAGCUUGAGAAAAUUGAAAUACAUCGACAAUUUCCAUGCAUUUGAUCUGCAAUUCAAGAAACAUUGCGAGGAGGGAAAGUUACCAAACUAUGUGGUUGUGGAGCAAAGGUUCUUUGAUGUGUUAUCAUUUCCUGCAAAUGAUGAUCACCCGUCCCACGACGUCUCCGAAGGCCAGAAGUUUAUAAAAGAAGUGUAUGAAGCACUAAGAGCAAGCCCCCAAUGGAAUGAAAUGUUGUUUGUGAUAAUAUACGACGAGCAUGGCGGUUUCUAUGAUCAUGUUCCAACACCUGUGACGGAUGUUCCUAGUCCGGAUGAUAUUGUUGGUCCCGAGCCAUACAAUUUUAAAUUUGAUCGUCUUGGUGUUCGGGUUCCAGCCAUUUUAAUAUCUCCAUGGAUUGAACGCGGAACAGUGUUGCAUGGGCCUUCAGGGCCGUAUCCCUCAUCAGAGUUCGAGCACUCCUCAAUCCCAGCAACAGUUAAGAAGAUUUUCAAUCUGAAAGAGUUCUUGACAAAGCGUGAUGCUUGGGCGGGAACCUUUGAGGGUGUCCUGAGCAGAACUACCCCAAGAACGGAUUGUCCAGUCACUUUGGGUGAACCUACGAAACUACGAGAGACUGCAUCUAAAGAGGGGGCCCACUUAAGUGAUUUUCAAGAAGAACUAGUGCAAUUGGCAGCGGCUUUGAACGGAGACCAUAGAAAGGAUAUAUAUCCAAACAAAUUGGUGGAGAACAUAUCUGUUGUAGAAGCUCUCAAAUAUGUGGAAGCAGCAUUUGAGAAAUUUUCAGAUGCAUGUGAGAAAGCCAGGGAAAGUGGGGCGGAUGAAUCUGAGAUUGUCGUCUGUGAAACCUCCCCUUCACCACCAUAUCACAAGUCGUUUGCUCAAAGGAUAUUUUCUUGUUUGGUUUGUGAUAAUUGAUGACUCAAUUUGUUUGGAGCACCUAAAUUUCUUGGGUUUUACAUCUCAAUCAUUCAUGAAAAAUCAUUUAGACCAACAACGUUACGGGUCAUUAUUUUAUUUUAUUUUUUAAAAUAAGUAAUUUUUAUUGUUAAAUAAAACAAAAGUGCAAGACAAUUAUGUUGCGGUUCAUUAUUUGCUUUGUGUUGUAAAUUGUCUUUUCAUGUCUCUUCAUUGGACUGUAAAUUCCUAAAGAAAAAAACAUUGUAUA